CCCAGAUUCCCCCUCCUGUCCGAGGCCGUUAUGACGUUUGCGGAACCGCAAUCUUAUGGAGCCACGACGUUCUCCACUCUCCACACAGCCAAUACUGUAAGACCGUCUCCGCACUCGUCAGCCGCUCCAGCGUACAGUACAGUACAGUUCUUCAAGCCUCCACAUCCACAUGGAGGGAGUAAGAGAUGGAGAUCCCACCUUCCAUCCCCGCAGUGUCAAAGAGAAUCAAAGCAAAGUCGCAACGAAAACGCACUGACGUGCAAGCCGUAUUCGCCUCGCCGCCGCCAUCUGUCCACGAACCCGAAACUGAACAAGCCCCUGCGCCCACUGAACCCGUCCUCGCCCCAAACACGACGAUGGCAUCUUACGAGCAGCAACAACCACCGGAAAAUGACGCCGACGUGGGUCCCAAACACUCUAGCUAUGGCUCGGCAUCUACUACUACUCGCAGCGGAAACACCGGCGGCAGCAGCGCCCUAGCCGCUGCAGCCUCUAACAGCUCCGUCGCCGCCUACAAAGCGGAGCAAGACGGUAUUCUCGAACGCGCCAUCGCAGCCCGAUCCCCAUCCCACAAAACCUCCACCAACAACGUCAACACCCGCGGUCUCACACCUCUCCAAAAGCACGUUGGAUUCUGGGACCGCAACAAGGACGGUGUUAUCUGGCCUUGGGAGACCUAUGCUGGGUUUUACGCGCUCGGCUUCAACCCCAUCAUCUCUUUCACCUCCGCGCUCGCCUUCCACAUCCUCCACGUCUCAUACCCCACCCACGACUCAUGGGUCCCCAAUCCCUUGCUGCCCGUUACAAUCGCCAACAUCCACCGCGCGAAACAUGGCAGCGACACAGAGACGUACGACACCGCCGGCCGUUUCGUAAACGAAAAGUUCGAAAACACGUUCGAGGCUUACUCCAGCAGGCCCAAGAAGGAUGGUCUCACGUUCAGCGACAUCACGACCAUGUGGGGCGGCAACAGGAAUGUGUUUGACUUUGUAGGCUGGAGCUUUCAGUUCUUCCUGUGGACGUUCUUGUGGGCGCUUGCGGCGGAUCCGGUCACUGGAGUCUUGAGCAAAGAGGAUGUCUUGAAGCAGUAUGACGGUACACUCUACUACGAACUCGAAGACCGCCGCAAAACCACAAAGCUGCCCUGGUACCGCGGCGGCACUGGGUUCGGUAGCCCCGCGUCCACGCCCGGAGCGACCAAAAUCAAGCAUACCGCGCGUAAAGUCGCUCAGGACGUCAAACAGGGCGUUGGGUUGAAGGCUCAAUAGAUGCUCUUGGUGUGGCAGAGUGGAUGAGCGCGCGGAAGGGAAGGGGAACGCGAGGGAAAUACAUUACUGGGAGAGGAGAGGAGGAAAGGGAGGAAUGGGAAUGCGCCAAAACAGGACGGGCAAGGUCUGCAGGAUUGGGUGGAGAGCAGGCUCGGAGGCUUGUCGAUAUGGAUGCACUACUUUGAAAUCAUAUCUGUACUAUAUUUUUUCUUCACUCGUGCGACCACCCCGCUUGCGAGCAGGAGGGGUCUGGCAUGGCACAGCUUUUGUAUCAUUUACAAUAUGUUUUUUUUCGUAUUCGAAGCGGCUAAAAUGAAACACUGGGAAUUGAGUGCAUAUCACUUGGGG